CUUUCUUCCUAAACCCUACUUCACCUUCAGCCACGCCCUCCCUCUCAUUACCAGCAACUGUCACAGUGCUCCGCCGUCCCUGCCGGACGUCGUGUCAGCGGCUGCCAUAGUCUCAGCCUUCCGACGAAAUUUACGCCGGUCGUCCCUCUCACAGUCUCACGCUCGAGCAAUCAAUUAGAGUACUUAUCUCUGUUUUGUUUCACUCGGAGUACAGUGCUUUAACCCGCAACCCUCGGCGUCUGGUUUGGCUUGUGGUUGAUGAAAUUUGGAGCCUGAGGUUUAGCCCGUCGAUAUGGAUGAAAUUGGCAAUGGUGCAGUGGAGUCCAUGGAAAAACUUAAUAGCCUCCGUAUCACCUCUUUGGAUGACGAGGACAUUAAUGAUGAUGAAGAAUUGCUAGAUGACUCUGACACUGAUGACGAUGAUGAGGAUGAAGAAUCAGAUGAAUCAGUGGUUUUGGGUUUUGUUGAGAAGCCCGAAAAUUCUUGGUCUCUUCUUCCUCAGUUAUUUCCAAGCAAGGCUGGAGGAGUACCGGCUUGGUUGGAUCCAGUGAAUUUGCCGUCUGGAAGGUCUUGUGUUUGUGAUAUAUGUGGAGAGCCUCUGCAGUUUCUGCUCCAGAUUUAUGCUCCUAUUGUGGAGAAGGACUCAACAUUUCAUCGAACGUUAUUUGUGUUUAUGUGUCCAUCAAUGACUUGUCUUCUACGAGAUCAACAUGAGCAAUGGAAAAGCAAGUCUGAGAAGUCAUCUAGAAGUGUGAAAGUUUUCCGUGGCCAAUUACCUCGUAGUAAUCCCUUUUACUCAAGUGAAGCCCCAAAACAUGAUGGGACUGACAAACCUUGUGCAUCUGGAGUUGCACCUUGUAGCUGGUGUGGUACUUGGAAAGGAGACAAAGUUUGUAGCAAGUGUAGAAAAGUACGCUAUUGCUCUGAGCAACAUCAGGCUAUUCAUUGGCGUACUGGGCAUAAAACUGAUUGCCAAAGAAUGUGCAUAUCUUCUCAGUUGUCAAGUUCUGGACAGAUCUACAGUCAAUACGAAACAGAUACUGAGAAAGUUUCAAAGAAGCAUCUUUGGCCUGAAUUUGGUAUCAUACACGAAUACGAGAGUGAGUUCAACAUGGAAACAUCCCAGGACGAUUCCCAUGCAAAUGCUUUGGUUCGUAGGGAUAGGAUGGAUGACUCGAUGAAAUCCUUGUUGGCCAAUUUUGAGGGAGAUGAUGAUAGAAAGUCUUGGGCCUCUUUUCAAGUUCGCUUAUCAAAGGCGCCUGAACAAGUCUUGAGAUAUUGUAGAGAUGACGGAUCUAAACCUUUAUGGCCAAUGUCAAGUGGUCGGCCUUCGAAAGCAGAUAUCCCAAAAUGCAGUUACUGCAGUGGUCCCAUGUGUUAUGAAUUCCAGAUCUUGCCUCAGUUGCUUUAUUAUUUCGGGGUAAAGAACGACGUGGAUUCACUCGACUGGGCGACAAUUGUUGUCUAUACAUGUGAAGCCUCCUGUGAGUCCAGCAUAGCAUAUAAAGAGGAGUUUGCCUGGGUUCAACUCUCUACCCCAUCUUCUGUUCCCCAGUAAUAUUCUUGUCAGUUUUGUUCUUCAACAAUUCUUAUUUUGCCAUAUGAGUCUGCCUUUUUGUUUACUUACCCAAAGUGUUUCAGAAUGUUAAAUUAUAGAAAUCAAUCAUUUUGUGCAUUUUCUUCUUUUCUGUAAUCUAAAAACCUUGCUAUA